AUGGAUUCUGAAGCUAUCCAGUCAGUGUUAGCUCCGUGGGGAGUGGAUUUUACAUCCGAGGGCCUGGCGGCACUAAGACAAUCUGGCGCUCGCAACCCAACGGAAGUCAGGGAUUAUGUUUUGUCUGCCGAUUUGAGGCGUCUUCACUUGGCCCCACACCCCGCCGACUCGAGUAACUUUAGUGCACUCCACAGCAAAUCCAUGCAAGCUCCUCCAGAAGUAGCGGCAUGGGCUGCUGCUGACGGACCUGCAACAAAUUUCGGAUCUCCAGCAACCAGUUACAGCCUCAAGAAACCACUACUUUGCAUGGUUUUAUCCUUCCAAGAUGUGCGGUUGCCUACAAAAGACGUCGAGGAGGACUUUUCCGACGGUGCGCAGGGCAUCAAAGGGAAUCAGCGGCGGACGCUUUUACUGAGGCUUACGGACGGCCGUGGUAUAUCAUUUAAAGCCAUUGAGCUUCGAUUUUGUCAGCAGCUGGAUGCAGUGCCCUUACUGCCGGGCGUUAAAUUGCUCUUGUUACCAGGGCUGGUUCUUUAUCGUGGGAUGGCUUUGCUGACUCCCCGAAACAUAAAUAACCUGGCAGGAGGAGCAAAACAGUUGCGGGAAGCAUUUAACCUUAAAGAAGACGUACAAGAACGCCGGAAAUUCGUUCAGCAUAUCCUAAAGGAGCAUAGCCAACUACAGGAACGGAUAAAAGCAGAUAAGGCGGACACUGGCCCUCCAAAGUUCGUACCUUUCUCCUUUUCUGCUAAAGUUCAACAUGUGGAGCUUAGUGCAGGCGCGAGUAAAGUGUUGCAACCUCAGACACCAGCGCAGCCCCGAGAGGAAUUUAAACGUGAGGCAGUCUCACCGACACAGCCGCCAGAGGAAACGCCUUCAGAGCAGCAACCCCGUUCGCUUUUGAUCAAGCCAGAGACUGCAGACCUGAAGCGGGACCGCCUUAGGCAACUCGAAAAAGUAGAUCCCAACAGCUUGGGUGCUGGCAAAGCCAUUUCUGAGCGAAAGAAAGGAAGGGGGGGCAGCGGCCGACGUGGGCGGCGCGAGCGCGAUGAAGAUCUUGCAGAUUAUAUAAAGCCUUCAGGGGGGCCAGUGACCUGUAGUUUGUUCGAUUUAAUUAGAGCCGACGCAGAGCAAACAAACAGCACUGCUGCCACUGCUCUCCUAUGCGCCAGCGAGCCAUAUGUGAAUAGUAAUUUGAAUGAAACUGCUGCUCCCCAACCGUCUCCAGGCAUAGGCAGACAAGUGAACUCGGGAGCCCGAUCUGGGUCAACGAAUUUUGACGAAUGCCCAAGCUGGUCAUCAGAGGUUCAACAUUCCCGAGGGCGCUCUAGAGGAGGGGUAUUCACGACCCGAGGGGGCCGCGCAGGUGGGAGGUGGAGAGGCAGGGCCGGGGGAGGAGGAAGGCCGUCAAGAUAG